CUUUGACUGUUUUCAACUUUGUGCAUGUAUAUCUGUGUUUAUGUGGUGUUUAUGAUUGUGAGUUUGUAAAUAAAGGGUAGUGAAAUGAGUGCAGACACAGAUGAAUCAAAUUCUGCUGAUGCGGUAAUUUUUAAACGUAAGCGUAGAAAACCUUUAAGAAAACGCAACGAUGAAGAAAUGGAAUCCAAUGAAAGUGAGGAAGAGGAAGAUACAAGGAAAAAAUUAGAAGAAAUGAAGACACUCCAAAAGCUUCGUCAGAGGCAAAAUGGUGUCAGCUUGGUCAGCUUAGCCCUUGGAAAGAAGGUUACAUUACAAGAAGAGACGUCUGUGACGGAUCCAUUUAAAGUGAAGACUGGUGGCAUGGUGGAUAUGCAAGCCCUUAAAAGUGGAAAAGUGAAACGUGUUGAUGAUGCCUACGACACAGGAAUUGGAACGCAGUUCUCAGCAGAGACAAAUAAAAGGGAUGAGGAUGAAGAAAUGAUGAAAUAUAUUGAAGAACAGUUAUCUAAGAGGAAAGGGAAAGUAAAGACAGAAGAAGGAGGUGGAGAGUCUUCUGAUCAAAAGUAUUGUUCUCCAGAAGAAUCUGCACUCCUUGCUGUGCCAGAACAUCUCCGAGCCUCAUCAACACAUCGGUCAGAAGAAAUGCUUUCCAAUCAAAUGCUUAGUGGCAUUCCUGAAGUGGACCUAGGCAUUGAUGCAAAAAUACGUAACAUUGAAGCUACUGAAGAAGCAAAGCUAAAGCUACUUUGGGAACGCCACAGCAAGAAGGAUGCUCCCUCACAGUUUGUUCCAACCAAUAUGGCUGUUAACUUUGUUCAGCAUAACAGAUUUAAUAUUGAAGAUCCAGAACCACCUAGGAGAAGAGAUAAACAUGUAGAAGAAAAGAAGAAGGCUGUUGUUGUGGGAUUAAACCCAGAAGAGAGGGGCAAACGACAACGGGACAAUGCUGAAAAGGCAACAGAUGAUUAUCAUUAUGAACGAUUUAAAAAACAAUUUAGGCGUUAUUAGUAUGUGUAUUGAGAACCUCUAGCUGAUUUAAUAUUCUCUUGAAGUAAGUUUUGACUUGUUAAAAUAUUUAAAACGAUAGCACUACGACCAUGUGUGACGAAAGGAGAUUAAAACUAUUAUAACAGCAGCGGACACACUGAGUAGUUCACACAGAAUCCAGGAAUAUAUGUUUAAUUUUGUAAAAUAACUUUGUUUAUAUAAAAUAAAAACCCUUUCCCUUUUUAAAUAAAUGAAAGCUUUCAUCUUGUUGACUGAUAAGAUGGUAAGUUGUUGGUUACCGUUCUGUUCUUUAUUGCAUGACAUUUCAGAAUAAUUUCUAUUAUAAUCAGUGCAUCUGUCAGAUUCAUUUCUUAAACAUUUUUUCUAAGUGCUUUAUGGCAGCUGGGUAGGUCAUUGCCUCUACACCAGCAGGAGCUGUUCAUCUGUGGAAAAUUGGUGCAGUUUGAGCAUAAUUCUAAGUUGUGGCAACAAAGCAAAAUCAUAUGGGCCAAAAUCAUAGAUAUAGGGUAGUAUCUUGUUGUAGUUCACUAGUGACAGUGUGCCAAGAAAUUAUUGCUAGAAAAGAACACGCUAUUGGAUCUCAGUCAUGGAUGGACGGUUGUAAGGACCUGUUUAAUUUGGAGCAGGCAUUGUUCCUCAUACCACUUCCCAUUUUUGAGAGAUUGAAUCCUCUUCACUUAUGAAGUAGAAAACUGAUUUUUUGUCUUUUUGAGGAACAGGGGUUUUCAUACUGUAAAGUUCAAAGAUUCCCCUGUGAUAACACAUGAAACACACUACUCUUCUUUAGGGGUGGGAAAAAUUGACCAGUUAAAACCAAUACUACUAUUUUAGUUCUGAAUAAUGAUUAUUUUUUAUAUUUGUUUGGUAUCAGUUGUAACAGAUGUUUUUUAUAUUCUGCUAAUAGGUGAUUAAAAAAUAUAACAAUUACAGGUUGAGUCACGACUGAUGGUGGUCGAAUUUAGACUUGUUCUGCGCACCUGUGCCAUGCAUUCUUUGACAACCAACGAGCAGUCAGUAAUGUUCUCAGCACCCUGCUGUGAAUGUCAGUGUCAUAGCCAUUGCAGGCAUUAAACGUGAUUGUAGUGAGUAUAUCAUGGGGCUUCCAUUAAACACAUUCAGAUACAUUGUACUUUUAUUUUGGAAUCCUGGAUGGCUCUAUUAAAUAUAUUGUUAUACUAAAUGCAAAGCUUCCACUUACAGAGACUAUAUCAGACACUGCAUCUCCUUUCUUAUUUUCAUUUUGAAAUAGAGAACUACAUAUGAUGUCUAUCACUUAUCAUUAUUUACUUCAUUCAAAGAUAAAUCCUUGACUAACUAUACUGCAAUCCACAGUACAACUGGAACUGUCAAGAUUGUGAUCAUCUUGUGUAAGUGGAUAAAUAAACUUGAUGUGAAGUACAAAAUUUUAAUGCUCUUUAAUAUUUGGAGUCUCAUAAUAAGAAACUAUAGCACUUGCAGAAGAUUGUAGCUUAGUUGUAGGAUAGAGUGUGGUGAGAAAUAUUUGUUAAGAUAAAAUUUAGUACACUGUGCCCUUUCUGAGUUAAUCAGCAUUGAAAUUAGUCAAUCGGACCAUUGUGUGUGCAAAUUCAGGAGGCUUGGCAAAUACAAUUAUUGUCAGUUGACCUAAUAGCAUACACGGUAGUGCAGGAGAUUGCUCAGCCUUCUGUUCAGGUUUCAUUCGUACUACCAUUCCAUUCCAAUUUUUUUAUCGGUCUCUUGUUCUGUUUUAGGAAACCAAAUGAAGAACACAUUUGACAACACCGUCUCUGGUAGGCUGCUUGAAUUUGCACACACAAUGGCUUCAUUGACUGACUUCGAUGCUAAUUAACUCUGAAACAGUGCAGUGUAUCGAACUUUUUUCUUAACAUUUGUUUUUCAGCACAACCUAUCCUGCAACGUGUGUACAAGCAUUUGAGACUGGUUCUGAUCACCUAUAUUUUGUUACAAGGAAGGUGGCUACAUAUCCCAUACAAAUUUUUAAAAAAGCAGUGUUUAGUCUCUGUUAUGUUAUGAUUGCACACUAAAGGGUCAGCACACGAAUACAUCUGUAAAGCAUGGCAUCUGCCUCCAAAUCACCACAAAAUUUGUGUCAUCACGCUGAAGUUACUGACAGUGAAUAAUGCUUUUCAAGUAGUUAUGUUCAAAAAGCUAACUGUGGUGUAAAGGCAGCCCUGGAAAUCUACUUUCCAACAUCCUCAUGUUUGCACAGGGUAUAGAAUAUAUAGAACAUAGUGCUAAUGGCCAGAAAUGAACCCUAACUCUGCACCCAAAGUUGGUGUCAUAUUCCAUGGAUCAUUUGAAUGAUUAAUGAUAAUGAUGUGAAACAAGUUGUUUGUCUUUCACAUUGUACAUUCAUGGCUGCAUGCUGACCAUUUAUAAGUACCUUUAUUAUACAAGUGUUAGUGACUCCUACCCACCACCUUUUACAUAUUAUAAAAACCAAAAUUAUUCUGUGGACUGAAAUGAGCUGUCAAGGAGAAACUUUUUUGGUUUGACAGACAGCAAAAUUAAAUCUGAAAACAGACAUUGUAUAUCACUGCGUAAGUGGUCAAAAAUUAUGGUGGGAGCAUUGUGCACCCCUUUUUGUGCUAAGAACAACCUUAGUGUGGGGUAUUAAUGUCAUCUUUUCUUCUGAUAUUGUAAUUAUGUGCAUCAGUGUUGCUUUUGAACUGCAGUGCACUUCAUGAGAGAGUAAAUAUACAAUGAAGCUGUAGUCAAAAUGUCUAACUCCGUGGAAAAAAAAAAAGAA